CGGAGGUCAGAGGUGAAGUAGCUUGGCAACAGCUAUUGUGUUGCGCGGUCUGUUCCUUCAACAAUGCAAACAAACCGGCAGGUGAAACCGAGCCACCUGCUACGGUUCACUGCGCCGGGCGACGCUGGCUAGCAACCUGACGCCGCUCCGUGUGUUUGGGUGGGCAGACUACGCUGACAGUCAGAACUCGAUUGUCCAGUUUGGUCAACAAAUUAGCCCACUUUAUGAUGAACUAUGUAGGAACUUUUAGGUCCCUUUAAAACCCAGUCUUGGCUGGGACGCCGGGCUAAAAUUUCACGGGGAGAGUAGAAGGCGAAUGGCCCACUCGAGGAGUCUUUAAUCGCCGUGUUUAUUUUCACAAGAUCUUAUGGAAGUGUCAACAUGUACCCCAGCAGUAUGACUACUUACCGGCAUCUACCGUCCAGCUCCGGAAACUUCGGCGGGCUCUCCCUGCAGAUCUGCCGAGCGCCUAUCAUCCACUCCCCGCCGGACAGACGGAGCUCUUCCACGAGUCUGACCUCCGUACCAGGCCGGUUGAGUACCGAUAGCACUAGUAGUUUUCUCCCCGAAAUACACAGCACAACUUUACAACAAGGACCUCAGAGUACGAGUCGGCCUCCUAGCAAGACUGCAGUCAUAGUAAGGGCCAAGUCGGGGAAACUGACAACCAAGCGACCGGACAUGUCGUUUCAGAGUUCGCCGGGCGUUCCCAAAUUUCAAGGGUCUUCCGUGUCGGUUCUUGUCGACAGCGCUGCGGUUAAGAAGGCACUCGAGUCCCUAAACCUCCAGGACCACGACUCGGGGAUUUCUAGCGAAGACUCCAACAACGAACACCACGACUCAACAGAAACAACAACACCAACAGUCACAACCACAGUUCCUGACAAAGGAAACAAGAACAAGAAAAAAACCAAACGGAAAGUAAAAUCGGGUUCAAAGAUGGCCAACCGCAAGACAGGCACCAAAUCAGGGCUGAAGUUAAAAACUCGAGCGAAGUCUGCCAAAAGUAUCUACAGCCAAACGCUAAUGCGAGGGGGGAGCGGUGUAGGAUUCAACACCAACAGUGUGCGGUUACAAACGCGAAAGAAAAGUGCAAAGUCAGAGCAAAGAGUCAGUCGCACCAGCGAAGCAACUCGAAGAGACUACAACAAGAUCUCUGCGCCAAAGACAAGUAGUGAGAUCAUCUACUCCCAGAAAUUUUCUAGACUUCACCCGAACAGUUCUAUCCAUGCAGUGUCGAAAAGUUUGGAUAGUGCUCAGGAGAAACCGGACAAGCGUUACGCGGGUAUGGCAGGGGGGUUCUUGUCGGCGAGAAGACCCGAAGCGCCGAUGUUCUCUCCGAGAAGAGCCGAUCUGCUGCCGUCGCCUAGGCGACCGAGUACGAACGGUGCCGAGGGGGAGAAGCCGACGAGGAUAUUCCUGUCGGAAAAGCAGUCCGGGAUGAUGAAAGACUGUGGAGUGUUCUUGCCAUGCGCACCGCCUGCUACACCGUCAAAGGAACAAAUGGAGAGAUACGAAUUCGUGCCUUCCAUGACUGAUGUCAGGGCCAAGAGAGAAGUGCAGGCGCGACUACAGCUGAUGGACAAGGCUGCCAAACAGAGGAAAGCCAAGCAGAUGGAGAUCGCCAAACGGCAGGAAAAACGCAAGGAGAAAGACGGCGUCGCAGGGCACAAAGCUAGGCAAAGACUAGAGAUAUACGCGCUGAACAAAAUCAUGUCAGAAUUUGAAUGGUCGAACUUUCAAGCUUUCAAAAGGAGCGUCAACGGUGGUGUAUGACAGUCGUUCUUGGUAAUAGAGACACAAUCAACAAUCUAUAGUGCCAAACAAAAUAAUAUUAUCAUAUCGGUAUACUUGGUGGAUUAGGAGUCUAAAAAACAAAGUUAUAUCAUACUUUUUUCAUUCUACACGAUUGUAUAUAUUAGGCCACACCGAUUUAAUUUCAUGGAUGACAUCCGCGCCCGCA